CUCCGCGACGUCCCUGCCGCUCCCGCGCUACGCCGUGCCGCGGCAAAGAGUGAGAGAGAGAGAGAGAAAGAAAAAGAAGCUAACUCGGCACACCUCAUCGCCAGACCGGUAGGCAGGCACACGCGUCCGCCAAACAUGCGGUGAGGGCAAAAAGGGGCAGGAGGGACGACAGCCAGGCCAGCCGCUGAAGCUCCAUGCCUCCAGAGGCACGCCAGCUGCGCGCACAGAGAGCGUCGGCUGGACCGCGAUCGCCUUGCCGGCCGAGGAUAGCCGCUCGCUGCGCGAUGUUACAAUAUGCUCGAAGCUUCUGCCGCGUAGCGAAGCGAGGAGAGAGAAAGAGGGGGGACCAAGUGCGUGCG